AUUUUUAUUACAAAAACUCGAACUAAUUUUGAACAUGUUUUAUUACACUUUAUCGAAUCUUCCUAUCGACUUUCAAAAAAAACUGCCCUGUAAAAUUACAUAGAAAUUUGUACCCACCAGUUAUUGCCUAAUACACUGAAUAACAUGGAUAAUCAAGACAACAACAACAACAAAUCUGAACGGCCAUUAUAGAAGUUGGAAGAUUUCGUUGACUGACUUUUCAGAAACUGAUAUGCCAAAGAAAGGGUCAACCGCUUCGAUUUUAAAAGAUUUAAAGUCCACAAUAUUUAAAGUAAAUCAGAUAUGCACGGAUAUGGAUGAGCCACUCCCACCUAAGCUUAAUCAACGAGCUGUACAUGAUAUCAUUUCAAAAGGGUACAUGCAUAAAAAUAGCGUUGCUGCAGAAACUGCUGAUUCACGGGAUAACAUUGAUUUCAGUUUUUUUGUGAAGAAAGAAUUGACAAGAAAGGAUAUCAAUGAUCUAUCAGUAAUAUUUGAGAUAUUUGCUUUGAAAAGUUCUGCGAAGAUUUCUUUUAUUGAUCUUCUUAGAUCCUUACGAUUUUUGCAAUUUAAUGUAAACAAAAGGAAAAUAAGAGAAGUGUUACAGAAUCAUAACUUACUCAGUGAAAAUACAGAUAGUUUUGAUUUAAAUGCUUUCUUAACAUGCGUUAUUGAAUUACAAAACCAAUCAAGGGAUAUUGGUGAAGAAAUAUAUAAUGGAUUCACAAAAUUUGAUAUAGAAAACACAAACGUAAUAAGUAUACAAAAUUUAAAAUUCCUAAAUCAAAAACACAAUUUAGAUCUUUCUGAAUCAGAGUUAAUGGAAAUGAUAGAGGAAGCUGAUGCAGACGGUGACGGUUUUGUUGAUCAAUGUGAAUUUGUGAAUGUGAUGCGAAGGACCAACUUAUUUAGAUGUUUAUAACAAGAUUUCUGUGAUUGCA